AUGGAAUUUGAAGAAAUUCAAUUGAUUGUUAGUAAAGCUAUCGGACAGACGAAAACACAUCAAAUUGAUCUAUUGAUGAGAUGGCUCGAUGGUAUCCUUUCGAAAUAUCGAGAUUCGACUUUUUCUCCAAAUCAAACACCAACUAAGAUACACAAUGGUCAACGAUUUGUGUGUCCAUGCGGUCGAUCUUUUUCUACUGAAAUAACAAUUCGUGAAACGACAAAUGUUGAUGCUAGUUCUCCGCCUGCAACGCCUAUGCUUUCACUCAAAACUGAUCUGAAACAUCUACAGCAUUUACAAGAAUCCGUUUCGAAACGGUCGCGUACAUCCCUCUUGGAUACGGCACAUACCAUAGCGACAGGAUCGACCUCCGCAUCAACAACUACAUUUAAUUCAUCACCGUUAGUUGUACCAUGGUCAACAGCGAAUAUGAAGAAUUACGAAAAUAGUCCAGAAUUGAUAACUGCGGACUCAAAUCGUGGUGAAAGUGAUAUUGAAUUAUCGAGCGAUGAUUCGAGAUGUUUGGAAGAUAUCGAAGCUGUUCUAUCGCCGCAUAAAACAACAAUCUCAAAUUUUAUUUACUCAAACGACUUAUGGACAACACCUUCGCUUUCAAGUACUGCUAACAGUACUCUAACCAAUUCAACUAAUAAUAAUCAUGAUGAUGAUAGACAGGAACAGCAACAAAUGAUAACAUUGAAACCCGUUAGUAAUGAACCAUUAUCACCCACACCUGCUCUGCUUCAUGAUGGAGAUAUGGGCAAGACAGUUGCCACAAUUCAUAGACGACCUAUGCUUCUCGCCUUUACUGAUUCUCGAGCAUGUUCACCGACAGGACCAACUCAUUUCAAAUGUACUCAAUGUCACGAAACGUUCAAUAGUCUUCUUCUUGGUCAAGAACACGCCAACAAUGGCAUGUGCAUAUCUGAUGCCACAGUGAAUACAUUGGAGAACUCUGAUACACCUCCGUCGCCCGCUGUUUCGCCAUUGUUUGAUCCUUUUCAAGAGGAAUUGGACGAAACUGUUCCAGCUCGAUAUGAUACGAAAGCGGCGUGUCCAGUUUGUAGUAAGGUUUUUAGUAGUGUUCAUACAAUGGUUCGUCACAAGAUGUCGAUACAUGAUCGACAAGUCCGGUACGGAUGCAAUAUUUGUGGUCGUUUCUUCUUUCGUAAAGAUAAAUUAACUUCACAUAUGGUUUACCAUCAAGAUUUUGAUACUUAUGUUUGUUGUUUUUGCUCCGUUGGUUGCAAAUCUCGUAUGCUAAUGAGACAACAUUUAAAACGCGAUCAUGUCAUAUCAGGUGAAGAUACACGUUUAAAUGAUAUUCUCAAUCGAUGUCAAGUGAAAAAGUCGCUUAAUCUCGAAUCGAAUAUGUCUGUGGCGUACGGACCAGAUCGAGCUGUUACCUCUUUAAAACGAAACCAUACUUCAAUAACGACAGAAAAUGAUAUUAAAUAG